AUGACGACGUCCAUGAGUCCACGACGUUUAGGUUUAACCUUAAAGAGUUAUGAAGGGGAAACCUGUGAUGGCCAGUUUCAUGGAGAAGGGGUUGCUUGUUUUGAAGAACGUCAUAUUUACAAGGGGAGGUUUUCCAAGGGACUGAUGGAUGGACCUGGUGUCUUAACAACAGCAGACGGAUUUAAAUAUGAGGGAGAAUUUGUGUGCAACUUGCCCAUGGGCAAGGGCACCUGCACCUGGCCAGAUGGCAGCUCCUAUAAGGGAGAAAUGGACAAUGGUAUACGACAUGGGACUGGAACUUACACCUGUGCAUCACGUGGCGUGUCAUACACAGGGCAGUGGGAUCGGGGCAAGAGGCAUGGAAAGGGCACAGUGUAUUUUAACCAGGAUAAAACCUCUUGGUACAAAGGCGAUUGGGUGAAGAACGACAUCGAGGGAUGGGGGGUGAGACGCUACCCCUCUGGAAACAUUUACUCGGGCGAGUGGAAAAACAGCCGGAGACAUGGUGAGGGCACGAUGACGUGGCUGAAUCUGGGGCAGCAGUAUGCUGGGAUGUGGCAGAAUGAAGUCCAACAUGGACGAGGCACACACGUGUGGGUCACAUGGCGAGCGGAUGGAUCUCAGUAUUCGCAGAGCAAUUACUACACAGGGGAUUUCACUCAGGGUCAGAUGCACGGGCAGGGAACCUUCCACUACGCUAAUGGUGCCAUCUAUAAACAAGAAUGGAGAGGGAAUAACAAGCAUGGCAAGGCAAAAUUCACGUUUGAGGAUGGGUAUGUAGUCGAAGGAGAGUUUGUGGACGACCAGAUGAUGACGACACCCGACCUGAAGGACCACAACGCCCCCCCCGCUCUGCCUGACAUGGUUCUGAACAUCGAAUGUCUCCUGGAGAAAAUCCCAGAGAGAGAGCGCGCCACUGAGCUGGAACAGGUGGAGUUUGUGGUGCUGAGUGGAGCGACAGAGCUGAGGUCCGUGUAUCGUUUCUACAGCCGUCUCGGCCACACCCACUCCCCAGACAACACCUUCCGGAUGUCCAGGCUGCAGUUCUGGCGCCUGCUCAAAGACUGUAACGUCCACCAUCACGGCGUCACUGUGACGCAGGUGGAGCGUCUCCUCAGAGAGGAUGCUCCACCAGCAGAGAUCCACUCCCCUUUCAUCUCCAUGCUUCAGCAUAGAGUGGUCAGCUGUCUCGUGAUGGUGGCCUACCACAUCUACCAUAAGGACAUGACGUCACAGAACAACCUUCUGGCGGCGUGCUUUUCUCAACUGAUGACAUCCAACAUCCGUCCGGGUGCUAAGAAUGUAAAAGGCUUCCUGUUCAGGCGGCCGGGCCGGGCGGUCGCGGCUGAGAGCUACUUGGAGAAGUGCUGGGAAGUUUAUCAGGAUUACUGCAAAGUCCAUGUGACCCCAGACCAGAGCAUGAGCGGCCGACACCUGCUGUGGAUGUUCAAGGAUCUCCGUCUGCUGGACACUAACCUGACCACAGCGAGAUUACUGCGGGUCAUCACCGCAGAAAGCCGUGACCCCAGCAACCCAUCUGCCUGUCUGGAUCUGGAGGUCACAUUCCUGGAGUUUUUUGAGGUUCUCCUGGGCUCUGCUGAGGUGAAGUGUCAGCUGGUUCCUGAAGGCCCGGUGGGGGGCGGGUCCCCGUCCAGCCCCGACGGCGAGGCCGGGAGGGAAGCGCCCGAGGUGGCAGCUCCAGUGAAUUCCCCCAUCGCUCCUGAAACCUCCAGUUCCAAGUCAGCGAAGCUAAGCGAUACAGCAGAAUCCUCCACCGCUGAGGACGGGAGGAGUCAAGUUAUCGAGACUGAAGUCGCUGAGAAACCAAACUCUGCAGAGCAAAGUGAAGGAAACGAGGCGCUAACCAGAGGAACCGAGGCCGAAGACGGUGACGUGGACCUCUGGAGCCAGACGAUCCAUCUUUUCUUCAACCAGUUUUUCUUCCCGGCUUUUCAACAUAACCAGUUGUUGUCCAGAAAGAUGGAGGAGAAGCUCCGGCGUGAAGCCCAGAGACGUCGUGCUUGGAAAAGGUCUAAAAGAGACACGUAG